AUGGAUCCGGGCGUAUGGCACUGCGGCGAACUAUGUUCCGGCCUGUCGUCUCCCAGCUCGGCUGUGCAGCGAUCCGAGUACAGCUUCGACAGCCUGGGCACCCCCUCCCUUCAGGCGGAGAUGCACUGUGUGGAGCCCUGUGCACCUGCCUUGAACAUGCUCCUCAUCCAUGACCACCCCGGCCCUCAUUCCGGGAAGGAGGAGGAGGAGGCCAAUCCCAAUGCCAAACGAGCCAAGGUGGAGUGGACGCGGGAACUCCACAUGGUGUUUGCCGGGGUCGUUAGGUCCCUGCCCGUGGACCAGCAAGUCCCCACCAAGAUCCUGGAGGGCAUGGGCCAGUGGGGCUGGGGCCUUACGCGGGCCAACAUUGCCAGCCACCUGCAGAAGUUCAGGCACAGGCAAGGACGAGUGCCUGGCAAGGAGCGCGAGUGCGGCGCACUGGUGAGCUCCUGCUCCACCCCGCACCUGGAUGCAGAGGGCUGGGCAUACCACGACGCCGGCAGCGCCGGCACAUCCCCCUACAUGAUGAUGCCCACCACCCCCCCCAGCAUGGCCCCCAGCCUGGCCUUCCAGUCCGAGGGCUCGCUGACCGACAUGGAGUGGGAGCUGGGGCAGACGGGCGAUGCCUGCCCCCCCUCCCUCUCGCGCCAGCUGGCGCAGUGCGUGCAGGAGCGCCCCGCCGCCCUGCCCAUCGGUUUGACCCUGGACCACGGCGCCGUGCUACGCGCGUUGCGCCGCAGGGGCAGCCUGGUGGCCUGA